UGAGCAUUACUAAAGAUUAUGGUAUAAAAGCAUUCAAUUUGUAACACUCUGAACAUACAGAUACAGCACACACAUCUCUUUAACACGCUUUAGCUAAAGCAUUAAGAAUGAAGUUCAGAGUAGCAGUUCUUCUGCUUCUGUACAAAUGUCUUGUAUUCGCUCCGAAUGUCAUAUUCGCGACAGAAUCUGCCGUCUCAGGAUUGCCUUGUCCUUUGAAAACAUGCACAGAUGUACUGAAGGAACUUGGAGCCACAGAGAAGCAACUAAAAGAUCUGGAAAUCAGACUGGCUAAGAGUGAAGCUCAGAUUGAGGAAAUCAAAAAGGAAAAACAAGCUCAGAUUGAGGAAAUCAAACAAGAUCUGGAAAUCAGACUGGCUAAGAGUGAAGCUCAGAUUGAAGAAAUCAAAAAGGAAAAACAAGACAUUGUUUCCUGGACCAGGAAAGGCUUCCUAAAAUAUUCCCGUCAGCUCACUGCGGAUCCAAACACAGUGAAUAAAUUCCUCCUUCUGUCUGAGAACAACACACUGAUUACUGACACUAGCACACCGCAGUUGUAUCCUGAUCAUCCAGACAGAUUUGAUGGUGGUGUGCGUCCUCAGGUGUUGUGUAGAGAGAGUGUGAGUGAUCGACGCUCUUACUGGGAGAUUGAGUGGAGUGGAGGUGAUGUGUCUAUAUCAGUGUCAUAUAAGAGCAUCGGCAGGAAGGGACGGGGUCUUGAGUGUGGGUUUGGAUGGAAUGAUCAGUCCUGGUGUUUGAACUGCUCUCCCUACGGUUACUCAUUAAGUCACAAUAACAUAAAGACUGAUCUCCCUGUAAAGCCCAUCUUCAGUAGAACACGAGCGAAUGAGGAGGAUCACUAUAGAGAAGGAGUGAAGGUGAAACACUAUAGAAUAGGAGUGUAUGUGGAUCAGAGUGCAGGAACUCUGUCCUUCUACAGCGUCUUUGGAGACACAAUGAUCCUCAUCCACACAGUCCAGACCACAUUCACUCAACCACUCUAUCCUGGGAUUAGGAUUAAUCAUGCUGGAUCAUCAGUGAAACUGAUUUGAUGAAUCAGAACAGAGAGACUCUACCCAUAAUGCUUUGAGCUGAUGAAGAAUCAGAUGUUAUAGAGUACCCCAGGGAUGACGUGUUUGUAACACAGUUCGUAUG